AUGGCAGACUCUCUGCCCCUUCCCAGCGUCGAAAGACCUUUUGGCAUCCACCUGUGGCCGCUCUUUAGCAAGGCGUUCGAGUAUGUGGCAGGAUAUCCGGCCGAGGAGUUCGACUUUGUCGUUGGCAAGACGCCCAUGUCCACGCUGAGGGACACGUCCAUCUUUGUCGCCAUUUACUAUCUCAUUAUUUUCGGUGGCCGCGAGCUGAUGCGGACUCGGGAGCCCUUCAAGCUCAAGACGCUCUUUCUGAUACACAACUUCGUCCUCACGGCUGUCAGCGCUGUUCUCCUCGCCCUUUUCAUUGAGCAAUUGCUCCCCACUAUCGUUCGACGCGGAACUCUCUUCGCCGUCUGCGAUGCUGAUGGCGGCUGGACACAACCCCUUGUGGUCCUGUACUAUCUGACCUAUCUCACCAAAUAUCUCGAACUCCUGGACACGGUUUUCCUCUUCCUCAAGAAGAAGCCUCUGACUUUCCUUCACUGCUACCACCACGGCGCAACGGCAGUCCUUUGCUAUACACAGCUAAUUGGUAGCACAUCGGUCCAAUGGGUUCCCAUCACUCUAAACCUCUUUGUCCAUGUCGUCAUGUACUGGUACUAUUUCCAGAGCGCUCGCGGGGUGCGCAUCUGGUGGAAGGAGUGGGUGACUCGCCUGCAAAUCAUCCAGUUUGUCAUCGACCUUGGCUUCGUCUAUUUUGCAUCAUACACAUACUUUACAUACAACUACUGGCCUUGGAUGCCCAACUGGGGCAACUGCGCCGGCAAGGAAUUCGCCGCCUACUCUGGCAUCAUUGUUCUCAGCUCAUAUCUUGUCCUCUUCAUUUCCUUCUACUUUGCAACCUAUGCAAACAAGGGGAAGAAGUCCUCUGCGCAAAAGUCGACACGCCAGGCUUCAAAGGCAUCAGCUUCGGCAUCUGGAGUGUCCGCCCAGGGCGAGGGCUAUGCUGCUACCAACGGCUCUUCGACUCGGUCUCGAAAGGCCAAGAACUAA